GCCCCACUUCUGUCCUCCUAGCCCUCCUGACUGUUAGCAGUCGCUACCGGCUUGUGCCUGUCUGCUGUCCCAGCCUGCAGCUGCAUCUCCCCGCGGUAGAGAGAGAGAGAGAGAGAGAGAGAAAGACAGAGACAGAGGGAGCGAGAAAGGCGCUCUCCGGGGCGGUGGCGGCGGUGUCCUGCAACCUCAAUGACCAGAUUCUCAACAUCCGGACCUGACAGGACAGGGCUGUAAUCCAUUUCUAUGACAACAGAGGCGGUUUUGGCAGGGGAAAUGAAGACGGCAAUGGAGGGUGACGCCAGGAGGACCAAUCAGGUUCCUGAGGACCAGGGAGACAUGGAUGAUAGCUCAGAGAAGACCCCCAGCAAAGCCUCCAGAUCACCCCAGAAAACCACUAAAAGGCUCAAGACUGUCCCUGUCAAAGUAUCUCUCCUUGAUGGCUCAGAGUAUGACACUGCAGCUGAGAAAUUUGCCAAGGGCCAGACCCUGCUGGACAUGGUGUGUGGCCAUCUGAACCUGCUGGAGAGGGACUACUUUGGCCUGACUUUCAUUGACUCAGAUAAUUCUAAGAACUGGCUAGAUCCCUCCAAAGAGAUUAAGAAGCAAAUUCGGGUUGGUUCCUGGACCUUUGGAUUUGCUGUUAAGUUUUACCCUCCAGACCCCUCUGUGCUCAUCGAAGACAUCACAAGGUACUACCUGUGUCUGCAACUGAGAGAUGACAUCCUUUCCGGCCGCCUCCCAUGCUCGUUUGUCACACACGCGCUGUUGGGCUCCUACACUGUCCAGGCCGAACUGGGAGACUACGACCCUGAGGAACACGGCCCGGACUACGUCAGCGAAUUCCACUUUGCUCCGAACCAGACGCGAGAGCUGGAGGAGAGAGUGAUGGAGUUGCACCGUAACUACAGGGGGAUGACUCCAGCAGAAGCAGAGAUGAACUUCCUUGAAAAUGCCAAGAAGCUCUCAAUGUAUGGAGUGGAUCUGCAUCAUGCAAAGGAUUCUGAGGGAAUAGACAUCAUGCUUGGCGUUAGCGCAAAUGGGCUGCUGAUCUACAGAGACCGCCUCAGGAUCAAUCGCUUUGCCUGGCCUAAAAUUCUCAAGAUCUCUUAUAAAAGAAGCAACUUUUAUAUCAAAAUCCGUCCCGGAGAGUAUGAACAGUUUGAGAGCACCAUAGGCUUCAAGCUGCCCAACCAUCGGGCCUCGAAGCGAUUGUGGAAGGUCUGCAUAGAACACCACACCUUCUUCAGGUUGGUGUCCCCGGAACCACCUCCUAAGGGCUUCCUUGUAAUUGGGUCCAAGUUUCGCUACAGUGGGAGGACCCAAGCCCAGACGAGGCAGGCCAGUGCUUUGAUUGACAGGCCUGCCCCGCAGUUUGAUCGAUCGGUCAGCAAGCGGUACCUGCAGACGCGAAGCAUAGAUGGAGCCUCAGCUUUAGGUGAUAGUAUGGAUCAGCUGUCUCAGAGAAGCUCCAGUGACCACACACAGUUUAUGUCCAGGGAAGACCUGGAUCAAGAGGGCAGCCUUGACCUGGACCAUGAUCACUAUCUCUAUCACGAGCAGGACCAGUACACAGUUCAGGACAUGGAUCAGCAUGAUGGGCAGAAACAGCCCUUGGGAGCCAUCUGUUCAACGCCCACAAAGACCUUGGAGCUCAAGGAUCAGGAGCCAGGCAUUCCUAUAGACUCGAAAGCUGAGCCACCCCCCUCCCCACCUCAUCUGUCGGACAAGGAUGUGGUGCACCUUCGGCCCAAACAGGAGCAGUUUUUGGAUAAGCCAGAGGACGUUUUACAGAAACACCAGGCCAGCAUCAAUGAGCUGAAGAGGGCUUUGAAGCAGCCCAACAGCAAGAAGGCACCAAGAGAGAAGCGCCUCCCGUCAGCCACUCCUCCUGCUGGAACCCCGGAACGAAAAACAGAGACACCCCCCACACCUGCGAUCCAUGAGGAACAUCUCAGUGAUACUUCAAAGGAACCUUGGGAGAGACGUCUGGGCUCUGUAUCUGAAGAUGACCAGGACCAUGAGAUCCUCUACCUGAAGGAAACCCACCUGGGCAUUGAGCGCAAGUGUUCCAGCAUUACCGUUAGCUCGACUUCCAGCCUUGAAGCAGAAGUAGAUUUCACCGUCCUUACAGACCUGCACACAGGCAUGGAGGAGUUCUCCAGGGGUAUGACAGAGCUUGGAGAGAGGGAUCUGUCACCUGACGGGGGGCUUCGCUUUGGGAUUGACUUGCUCCAUCAGCACGGCCCUCCUGAACCACCCGCUCCGUUAGUAUCUGCUCCUCUCACCAGAGGAGCCAGUGGCAGCCCUCCAGCUAAACUUAUUCAACCUGAAGACGUCCGACCAGAAGUCCGAUCCGACGUCAGACCAGAGAACCGACCAGAAGUCCGACCAGAAAAUCGACCAGAUGUCAAAAGGCCCGACGGACAGCCUGUUGUUCCUAAAAAACCAAAGAGGUCGGUGCAAGUGUCGUCAUCGAUAGACAGAGAUCAUUCACACAAAGAAGCCAGUCGCCUCCCUACAGCACCGCCUCUGAGCAGAGAGGCCAGUGACAUCGCGCCCACCCCUACGGCGCGGAAAACCGACAUCAGGACAGAGACUCAGCCCAACGGGUCAGAGCUCACCACCACCAUUGUGGAGUUCACAGAUCAGGAUCAUGGUAUCACGGGGCUAAGUGAGGUUUCUUACUCUACGAGACAAAGUGUUUCUCCGGUGCACAGAGGCGGUUUUGGAAGAGAGUCGUCUGGCUCGCCUGUCCUUGUCGCUGAAAACGUUACCUCAGCAACCACUCACGUCUCAAAGACGGUGAAGGGUGGAUACUCGGAGACAAGGAUUGAGAAGAGGAUUAUAAUCACUGGAGACGAUGACGUAGACCAAGAGCAGGCUCUGGCCAUUGCAAUACAGGAAGCCAAACAGCAGCAUCCAGACAUGCAGGUGACCAAGGCGGUUGUCAUUAGGGAAAUCGAACCAUCGACUGAGGAUCGACAUGGCACGUCAUAGUCCCAUUUUACUGAAGCAAGAGUGCCCCCAUGUGGACUUGAGGUGUCAGUACCUGACCCGAAGCCGCCACCCACCAUUCUUACUAAAAGAAGACUGUCAUCGGGGCUUGGACAAUGGUGAAAUGGACCUUUGAAAAUUUAGAUUUCCAUUUAAGCAUCUUCAUCAUAUUGAUCAAAAGUGAUCCAAGAGCCACUCAUAGUCAAGCUGCAAAAAUACAAUUCACGCUCUUCAGAUAGUUUAUAUAUAUAUAUAAAUAUAUAUAUAUAUAUAUAUAUAUAAACAAGAUACCAAAACAUAAUGAACAAUUGAAGUCAUAAUCCAACCAAAUUCCCUGCAAAACCUCUCAGGGCCUUAACAUUCAACAAGCUUGGUUGAGUAUUCCUUAAAGGAAAUUGUUAUGCGAUGAUUUCUGUUAAAUUAAUCACCGAGAAAGAAUUUGUGUUAAUAUUUCAUGAUGGCAACCAUCAUGAACCAUCAUAAGUAGAAAGAAAAUUGGGAGUAUUCUUUUAAUUAUAUAUUAUUAAGAAUUAAUUUGCUGAUGUGUCUGAAAAGAAUAAAAGAGCAAGAGAUGGAAGUCUUGUUUCCUAUUUGUUGAGAAGUAAAAUAGUUAAUUACUUGUAGCUCCACACAGUGAAGAAUUCAGAAAACAUGAAGCAAAAGAGACUCCAGUGAAGCCGUCACUCCUGCAUCAUCGGUUGAAGGAGAAAAUGACUUCCCUCACUGGAUGAUGAUGAUAAUGCACUGACUAGAGAAAAUUCUUGCCGUCUCUGUCUGAUCACUUUGUGUCACUGUUUUUUUUUAAAGUCGUUAACUUAUUUUCCGUGUGUUUUUAACUCGAUGUGUGGGUGGCAAGUAUGCAAGGAUUCACCUUUUGCUGUAGGAGCUGUUAUUGCACAGUUUACUUGUUGGAUUCCUUGAGAACAGUGUGAAGUAACGAUUGAGCCCAAGUGUCUCUCCUCCCCCUGCCUUUUAGAUGAGCCGUCACAGUCCAGCUGGAUGUAACACCACUUUGGCUGUUUUGUGUGGUAAACGCAUAGAGUAGACUCACUCCCCAGCUGCAUCGGUAAAAGUAGUACGCGGGACGACGUCUGCAUGGUAUAAUUUCUUGCAUUACUUGAUUGUAACAAGACUAAAAUGGAUGUUGACACAGAUGGAAGGUAAUGAUGGGAGCAAACUGAUGGAUCAUAAAGAUGUAAGCUAAAGUCUUCACAAUUACUGCUGAAACAGGAAACCAAGGUUCCCGAGAAGGAGCUGGAGAACCGGUUUCUUCCAGUAGUGGAAAACUAAAUGACGGCGCGUUAUUGUGGUCGAGUCUUUUCAUUUUGAAUCCACUUGCAUCUCAUUUUGAUGGUGCUGUAGAAGAUAUCUGAACAUAUCAGUUCACUUUUUAAUUCUAGUCUUAAGGAAUGAUAAAGAGGUUUUGCAGGCCCUCGUUUUUGUCGUACUGACUAAUCCUCUAUUUUUUUUAAAUUGAUUGAUUUGCAACUACUGUACUUUGUUCUUCUUCCAAAACUUUUUGGCUUACAUGGUGUGAUAAAUCAGAGCUCUUCUGACAUGUCAUGUCAAGCACGUCGUUAAUAGAAUAUACUGUAGGAGAAACGUCUCUGAACUUUUAGCUGUGUGAGGUUUAGUAUAUGAAUGUUAGAUGAAUGCAGCAGACGUGUAACGUGCCAAUUCAGAUAGCAGUGCAAUUGUACAAAUGCUGGUUUUGUAUUGAAAAAAAAAAGCAAACCUUUUUAUAAAAAAAGUUCCUUUUAGUUGAAAAAGUGCCAGAGAGUCAAUUGCAUAAACUUGGCAUGACAAGGUUUCCCUUUAAAUAUGCUGUCUUUAACAUGUGGAAAACUAUUAAUAAAUAGAAUUUCCUUCUGUUUGCCAAACUAGUUAUUUUAUAUAUUAAUCAGAUUAAUGCUCCAUAAAUAAAUAUAGUCAGUAAAUUAAAAAAAGGACAAAAAAAGACAAUGCAACACAUUGUCAUGUCAGGUUUAUGAAAAGCACUACUGUUCAUUUUGGCUUUCAAACACUAAACUUUAAAAUGUCCACAUGUGUUGUAACUUCUGUUGUGUCUCAGAUUUUGGUUCCAACAUUUUUUUAAGUGACUGUAUAAAAAAACGAAAAAAACAUGACAUAGCAGUGUCCAGCUGGAGGGUUGAAGGGAAACACAUGCAGCCUUUCAUUCCUUGUGCGGUUCUUUUUGGUGCUGUUUGGUGGAUUGUAAAAGAUGUGAAGUACAGUAGUUAACGGCUGUGGGCAGGAUGUGAACUGGGGUACCAGUUACCUGAAAGAAUCGAGCUUUGCAUCAGCACCACACCAACCAAGCUGAAAUACUCCUCACCAUCUUACAUUAACGUUCAGCGAUAUACAAAUCCUGUUCGGAUCAGCCUGUUGGGACACACUUAUCAGUAUACGUCCAAAAAAAAAAGGGACACUUGUGGAAGUUGGACUACCAGGAAGACGCUGGACUUGGACCCUUUGGGACAGACGUGUUCGAUGACCUGUGGUUGAUCCAGAAUCAUCUCUGUCUCCGCUCCAUCUCCUCUGCUCUGCUGCUCUCCAUUGCUUGGUGCUGUGUCUUUGCUGUACAUUGUGCUUCUUCCAAAAACAAAUAAAGACUGAAAGAAAGCUGCA